GACAGAAAGUUCAGGUUUGGAAGCCAAUUAGUUAGUGGUCUACACUUCAGCGUGAGUUGUGUUUAUGACAGAUCCAUCCUGUUCGCAGCUAACUUACACAGUCAGUGCAUAACUUCAUUGAGUUUAUGCGUCUGCGAGACUAACGGCAAACGAAUUUGGGAACUCUAAAUAGCAACAGGUCCCAGCUCAACUCCAUUGCUCUGCGUGGCGUGUGAAACAACGAAAGACUGAUGAGUCUAUGAGAGAGCUUUGUUGUCUCGACUGCAGUCAUGAAGAUCGAGUUUGCGCCGCUGAACGUCCCGUUCCACAGACGCCUUCAAACGGCCGCUGUGGUUCAGUGGGUCUUCUCCUUUCUUGCGCUGGCUCAGUGUUGCCUUGCUGCAUACGUGCUCCUGUGUCUCAGUGAUUGGUGGGUCCUUGGCGCUCUCUAUGCUGGUUGGCUGUACCUUGACAGGGACACGCCUAUCACAGGGGGUCGGAAAUCAAACUGGGUCCGGAGCUGGACGGUGUGGCAGUACUUUAGAGACUACUUCCCCAUUUCAUUGGUGAAAACAGCUGAUCUGGACCCCAGUCAUAACUACAUCUUUGGGUUCCAUCCACAUGGGGUUCUCGUUGCUGGGGGAUUCGGGAACUUCUGCACAGAAGCUUCCGGCUUUUCAACUCUUUUCCCAGGACUCACACCAUACCUGCUCAUGCUGCCAUUUUGGUUCCGAGUGCCAUUCUUCAGGGACUACAUCAUGUCUGGAGGACUGGUGUCCAGUGAGAAGGCCAGUGCCAGCUAUAUCAUCAGUCGGCCUGAGGGUGGACACGUUGCCGUGGUGGCAGUGGGCGGCGCACCGGAGUCGCUUGAUGCCCGACCGGGAGAGCUGACCCUUCAGCUGCUGCAUCGGAAGGGCUUCAUCAAGCUCGCACUGAAACAUGGGGCAUGGCUGGUUCCAGUGUUCUCAUUUGGUGAGAAUGAGCUCUUUGACCAGAUGGAGAACCCCAGAGGCUCUGCUCUCCGCCGCAUGCAGGACCGCCUCCAGAGGAUCAUGGGUGUGGCCUUGCCCCUCUUCCAUGCCCGAGGGGUCUUCCAGUACAGCUUUGGCCUGCUGCCCUAUAGAAAGCCCAUUCACACCAUUGUGGGCCGGCCCAUUCCAGUUGUGCAGACUCCAUCUCCAAGUAAAGAAGACAUAGACAUUCUCCAUAAGCUCUACAUUGAGGAACUCACCCAGGUGUUUGAGGAAAAUAAAACAAAUUAUGGUAUCGCUGAAGACAAGCAUCUCAAGUUCAUCUGACACCUCUGUUACAAACUCAUAUUCUGUCUGUCUGUGUCCUUCUACUUGUCUGUCUGCCAAACUGUCUGCCUGCCUGUGUGUCACUGACAGCCAUUCUGUCUGGAAUUCUGUUGGUUAUUCUAAAGGGCAAGCACCUUAUGGACACUCAGCAGGUGCUGCUGUGUGUGUGUGUGUGUGUGUGUGUGUGUGUGUGUGUGUGUGUGUGUGUGUGUGUGUGUGUGUGUGUGUGUGUGUGUGUGUGUGUGUGUGUGUGUGUGUGUGUGUGUGUGUGUGUGUGUGUGUGUGUGUUAAUGAGACAGUGACAAAGAAUGUGAUCUUUAGUCCUGUUUGUCUGAUUUCAAAUGGUUAAUUUGCUGUAACUCUUUCUGUGUGUGUGUGUUGUUGUGUGUGUGUGUGUGUGUUGUGUGUUUUGUAUGUUACAUUUGUGUAGGAAAGCACAGCACAUACACACUCAAAACUCUCAAAACUCUAUAGUCAUAUGAAUGAACAUAGGGAAUUAUCUAUGUGUAUAUAUCAAACAUAUUGCUGAAGUCAAGGCUCAGAGACUAUUUAUCGGAAGUGUUUACAUGCAUUGUAUCCAUGUUGCCUGAAAAUGCUAAUUAUAUUACCAACCUGUCUAUUGACAUUUCAUAGCCUCCAGACCAUGUCUGACUGUUAUCAUUACAACUGCCUCUUUGUGUGU